AAAUGACGCCUUUCGAAUUACUUUUUGGUACAAAAAUGAAGGAUAAAGACAUAGAACUGCAAAAAUUAAUAGAUGAAGAAGAUAUAGAAAUAUUUAACGAGAAAAGACAAGAGCUCAGACAGAAGGCAAAAGAAUCCAUUGGAAAAACGCAGGAAGAAAAUGUGAAAUCAUUUAAUAAGAAGCGAAAGAAAGCCAAUACCUAUAAACCAGGCGAUUUGGUCGCGAUUAAGAGGACCCAAUUCGCACAAGGAAGUAAACUAUAUCCAAAAUACUUAGGACCGUAUGAGAUUGUUAAAAGCAAUCAAAACGAUCGCUAUUCUGUGAGGAAGAUUGGCAACAGUGAAGGUCCGUUUAAUACAACUUCCUCAGCAGAUUACAUGAAGCCCUGGAUCUCACUGGAAGAUGAUUCAUCUGAGUCAGAUGAAUAACAGGAUGACCGUGUGGGAAUAAUUAUGAUUUAUUUUUGUUAUUUUUUGUAGUAAUUCUUAAGUAGUUUGUAUAGCAACACUAAAGUUAAUUGUCAAUGUCGGAUAUGAUUAUGUCUAUUGACAUCUGACUAGAUGUCAAUGUCAAAGGAGGAUCUGAAAGAAAGAUUUGUCGUUGUUGGUUUGUCAAGAAGAAAAAAUAAAGAUUGUGAGUUUUUGAAAAGUGUUU